AUGAGACAUUUGGAUGAGGUUCUUGGUAUUAUGGAGGCUCAGUCCUUGUUUGCCAAAAUGUCCAAACGUGAAUUUGGACUUACAAAGAUAUUAUACUUGGGUCACGUGAUUGGUGCAGAUGGAGUGAAGGUUCACCAGGAAAAGAUACUAGCAGUGCUAGAUUGGCCGCCAUCUAGGAAUGUUUCAGAGUUGCAGGGUUUCCUUAGAUUAUGUGCAUACUACAAGAGGUUUGUGAAAGGGUAUUCACAACUAGCAACCCCUCUAACAGAUCUUACACGAAAGGGUGCUUUUUGUUGUACAGAUGAGGCUUAG